AUGGAUGUUUUAGGGGAAAAUGAAGCGCUGCAACAGUUUUUUAAAGGUCAGGAUGUAACUGGAGCAUUAGAGAAUCCCUUUGUUGAUAUCAGUAUGCUGGAAGCAUAUAUUAGUAAUGACUUGGAUUCAGGAGCCAUUACUUUACCAGACUCUCCACCGGAUUCUGUACCUGAGCGCUGUUCACCUCCACAGAUGCCAAACGUUCAGUAUGGCGGUCCACACGGAGCUGGAUUUAAUUCCCAAACAGAUCAGUCUUCAGUGAGCCAUCCAAACACUCCAUGUAGGUUUACUGAGCUGGUGCUGCCUACUCAUUCUAACUUGCCACAACAACAUAGACAAACUGGACUUCGUGAAUAUUUUAUGAAACCUGAUGUAGAUAUCCCUGCAAACAAAACUUCGGAACCGCCCAGCCAUGUGGAUUUCCCGAUUCUUCCUGCUCCAGAGAGUGCCAAUUGCCACUCUGAAAUUUUAAUUCAGCAUUCAAAAAAGAGGAAGCGUUCAGAAUUAUGUGAGAAUACCAUUGAGAUGUGGAAUGAUAUUCAAAGUCAAGAAGGCAAUAAUUCUAGAGAACAUAGCACCGAUAUCCAUAGUUAUGAUGAUGACAGUCAAAAUGGAGUUUGCAUGGACUGGAGCUAUCCAUGUUUGAAAUGGCACCAUUUUCAACCUAAUCAUUGGGCAACUUUGUAUGACAGUAGUUACAAUGAAUUACCUGCUCCAGGCUAUAGAGUAGAUGCGGACAAAGGAUUUAAUUUUUCUACAGUAGAUGAUUCAUUUGUUUGCCAAAAGAAGAACCAUUUUCAAGUCACAGUUCGUGUCGGUUUGAUUGGAUGUCCAAAAUAUGUUAAAACACCUCUGGGCCUUAAACCUGUUGAAACAUUCUUCUUGAAGGUUUUUGGAGCAAAGGCUGAGACCACAAAUCAGAUCAUCACCAUUGAACAGUCUCAAUCAGACCGGAGCAAGAAACUUUUUGAUCCAGUCAGGAUUGAUUUGCCAGGAAACCAAAGCACAAAAGUAACUUUAGGAAGAUUGCACUUUGGCGAAACAACAGCAAACAACAUGAGGAAGAAGGGUAAACCUAAUCCUGAUCAAAGAUACUUUAUGCUAGUAGUUGGUCUGUAUGCUGCCAGCCAAAACCAGAAUUAUUUAUUGGCUGCUCACGCAUCUGAAAAAAUAAUUGUGCGGGCUUCAAAUCCUAGUCAAUUUGAAAAUGAACGUGUGGGGUCAUGGCAACAAGGGAAUGCUCCUAACACAAUUAUCUGCCACGGUCAAGUGGGAAUCAAUACAGAUACUCCAGAUGAGGCAUUGGUUGUGUGUGGCAAUGUAGAGGUAAUGGGAUCAGUCAUGCAUCCAUCUGAUAUGCGAGCUAAACAGAACAUUCAUGAGGUUGAUACAACAGAACAACUAAAACGGAUAACACAAAUGAGGCUGGUGGAGUACGAUUACAAGCCUGACUUUGCAUCAAAAAUGGGAGUAGACCAUCCUCAUGAGACUGGUAUAAUAGCGCAGGAAGUGAAGGAAAUCCUACCAUCUGCUGUAAGGGAUGUCGGGGAUAUCACCUAUACCAAUGGUGAUAAAAUCGAGAAUUUCCUCAUGGUUGACAAAGAACAGAUUUUCAUGGAGAAUGUGGGAGCAGUGAAAGAGUUAUGUAAGCUAACUGACAAUUUUGAAAAAAGAAUUCAAGAAUUAGAAGUCUGGAACAAAAAUCUUGCCAAGCUGAAGUGGAUUGGGAGUGUGAAAUCUAAGACAAGUGAUAAAAACGGCAGCAUAUUUCGCCGGGCAAGCACAAUGACACCGAAGAAACCUGUUAUGGCCAAACACAGGGCCUACCUUAACCAGCAUAAAGAUUGCUCACUGCAGAAGGUUUUCCAUAUUGUCAUCAUGGCUCUAUUGGGUCUCAUGGCGUUUUGUGUGAUUUUGAUAUCUGCACUUUACGUACUAACAUUGAAUGAAGAACGAAGUGUUGUUAACAAGCUGAAUGAAAGCUUUAUUUCCGAGUCGUUUACAACAAACCAGUAUGCUACCUUUAUAACAUAUACAACAUUGUCAGAAAAUACAAGCUCAGUUUAUACAACAGCAAUCACUGAAAUUCCCCGGCCUGAAAUAAGCUUCUGUAAUAUCCUACCUUGUGUCACUGUGCACUGUUGUGCACUUCAAUCACAAAGAAAAGACAUCUCUAACAAUUGGAGAAAGAGGAGAAUCGCCAAAGGUCUUGUGCAAAACUAUUUUCAACCAAAACUGGCAACAAGCCAAAUAAAUGUGAAGGGGAUUCAAAAUAGUGAUUGGUUUGAUACGUCUAUUAGAUCAAUAAGAGUUAUGGAAAGUCAGCAACAAAUUGACCAACGUUACUGUGCUAAAGGAAUUCAUUGUGGGAAUGGCAACUUUAGCUACAUAAUUCCAAUCAACAAGUAUACACCUAUUGAUAUGAGAAUUAUUUUGGAAAUGAACACCACAGCACCCGUGAUUGUUUACAAAUGUAAAGUGAACCUUGGUGAGACCUGUGUAACAUCUGUACCCAAACUAACUAAAAGGGAUGCAUCACAAGAAAUGUCUCAGGGGUACCAACAUUUCUGGUUCUUGCCAGUGGCACAUCUACACGAGUGUACAUACCAUUUCCGUGUUGCAGCACCAGGUCUGGCAGACUGCAGAACAAAUCAGAACUUUGCUGGAAUAUUCUUCACAGAUUACUACUUGUACUUUUAUCGACAAUGCAGCUAA